GUGCUGCGCGCGAUCACAGGAGCACGGCGCGAGCUCGCAGUCCCCAGCGCGUGCGGCGGUCACGUGACGAGCCGAUAGCGGAAGCGGCAUGGCGGACCUGCAUGUGGACGUCGUGGAGGUCCCCAACAAACCACUUCGGCGGCGCUCCCGUUGUUCCGUUUUUGAAUAACGGCCUAAAAUAUUACACCAUGGACGAAAAGAACAAACUCCAGUUUCCGUCUCUUCCAUCCGCAAAGGAGGAACAGCUGGACUGGGCAUAUCCGAUGAGGCGAGAGAUGCAGGAAAUCCUUCCUGGUCUUUUUCUGGGUCCUUAUUCGGCAGCAAUGAAGAGCAAGCUUUCUACUCUGGAAAAAAGAGGGAUAACUCAUAUAGUUUGCAUCAGACAGGAUAUUGAAGCUAAUUUCAUCAAGCCCAACUUCCCACAGGAGUUUAGAUACCUUGUUCUGGAUAUUGCUGACAACCCUGUGGAGAAUAUAAUUAGGUUUUUCCCCAUGACAAAAGAGUUCAUCGAUGAGAGUUUAAGUACCGGAGGGAAGGUCCUUGUUCAUGGAAACGCAGGGAUAUCUAGAAGUGCUGCCUUAGUGAUUGCUUACCUUAUGGAGACGUUUGGUGUCAAAUACAGAGAUGCUUUCAGCCAUGUACAAGAGAGAAGAUUUUGCAUUAAUCCCAAUGUGGGCUUUGUACAUCAGUUACAGGAGUACGAGGCGAUAUACUUAGCCAAGCUCACUAUUCAAAUGAUGUCACCGGUCCAGCUUGGCAGGUCGUUCUCCAUGCAGGCUGGGAUGCCAGGCAGUCUGAAGCGUACUCUGGAAGAGGAUGAGGACUGUGGGAACCUUUCAGUCACUGCUGCACAGAACAGAUAGGCCCGGCCCGGCCCGGCCCGGAGACACACAGCGCUUUGUUGUUAAGGGUUUUUUUUUCUUUCCUUUUUUUACAUUUUAUAAAAAUUGAAAAAGGAAGCAUCUCUUUGGAGAUUAGGUGCACACUGCUUGGGUUUAUCAUUUUAAGGGAUGACCGUACUCUUGGCUCCUGGUGCUACAGACCUUUUUCGUCUUUCAUAUUUAAACCCUGAAGAGAAUAUAUAUAUAUAUAUAAUUCUGCAGAUAUUAGAAUGUUUUAAAGCAUUCUGUGUUUUCAGCAGCACGGUAUUUAAGCAAUGCACUUUUCAAACUUUAUUUUUUUUCCUGGUCCCACCAUUGUGGUAGACACUAUUAAGGAUGGAGAAUAUGAUCUGAAGGAUUGGAUGUGAAAAUGGGCUCGGCUAAGAUUAUUUGUACCUGUACUGUCUGUUAACUCCUGAGGCAGGAAGGACCUUCCAGCAGUUAGAUGCUGUGAGCCAGGCUGCGCAAUGAAGGUCGGGUUUCUGAGCUGCAAAUGGAUUUUCUGCCUUUGUUCAUCUGUUCAACUGGUACAAGUAAGAAAGCUUCAGUAGAACCGCCUGCAGUGAAACCGCAUGUCCAUUGAGAGGCGAUAAGGAGCAUUCUGUAGAUUUAUGGAAGCUACAAGAGCGUAUCAUACAAUUUUAUCAGGGCAGCUAAACCAAAACUUACAUUUUGUGAGUUCUAGGCUUCUGUGUGCAUAUGACCACAAUUUGUCCAUAUACUGAAGGUCGAAUGGAAUUGGUUAAUUAAGAGUAGGCAUUGAAGGGCAAUGUAAUGCAUCGCAAACCUUUAGCACAGAGAGCAUGUGGAUAUGCACCACCCCCAUCCCAAGGAAAUGUUGCCCCCAGCAGUGCAGGAUAUUGGGUGCCCAGGAGCCAUGAAGUGUCUGUGGCUCUUUCUCUGGAUAGUAAUUACAGUUGUAAAUUUUGACAGCUGUUCCUAAAAUACAUGCAAGAGUCACAUGGCCUGACUUGUAUGCACAGGGUCAGUCCUGUGACCCAAGGGAAUCGGCGUCUUCUAAGCUUCCGUUUUCAGUAGGUCCGUCAGCAGACACAAUGCGUUUUUUAAAAAAAAAAAAGCUUUAAUUUGGAGAGAAGCGAAUUCCGCUAAUCCCCGUGCAGUGUGCUCACUCGCUGUCAUCCCCAUGUGAGAGCUGUCCCCCCCCCCCCCCCC